AUGUUGUUCGUCAAACGCUUCAAACAUGCUUUAACGGAAUUUGAGACACUGCCGAAUGAACUUUUCGUCGAAAUUUUCGGUUAUCUCACCUGCGUAGAAACUGUAUGGGCUUUUGCACGACUGAACAGUCGCUUUCGAAAUUUAACGCUUGAGUAUUGUCGUACCUUUAAUUUCAAAUCAAUCAGCAAAACAAAGCUCGAUUAUAUUAUUCAACAUCACAAUAUUCGUCGAUGGAAGUCAUUGCGUCUCUCCGACGAUGACGACACACCGGGACAAGUCACGUACUUCUGUCAAAUACUUUCCUUUGCAAACAAUCUUUCACACCUAGAAGCAUUGACUGUUGUCAAUACUCAGUGCAAUGUUACAACCUCGUUACUAUCACAAAUAACAUCGUUUCAACAUCUGGUUUCAUUAACAAUUGGCUCGAUAUGUGGAAAGAAUCUUUCCUGUAUUAAUUUAGUUUCUUUAAAAUAUCUGAUUAUUAAUUCGUGUAUGCACACAACCUGGUUUCAGAAAAUUCCACUUGACGGCCUUCAACACACUUUUGAACAUAAUUGCAAUCAUGAGCAUUGCUUGGUGUAUCCAACGACCUUGAGAAACUUGAAAAUAUUUGCUAAUCAACAAGGUGAUACCGACAUUGUUCGCACAGCGUUAAAACCGUUAUCUAAAUUGACAAAUCUGACUAUCUAUGACGAGGCGUGGGAAAAUGCAGUACCUGACGGACGAAUCUGGGAAGAACUGAUCAAAUCCUCGUUGCCAUGCCUGAAAGAAUUCAAUUUUUGCUUCAAAUUCUGGCGAGAUUUCACUUCUGCGAGUGACAUUAAUUGGAUAAUUUCAACAUUUUCUACGCCAUUCUAUCGCCAAGAAAAAUCCUGGUUUGUUCAAUGCGAUACACAUUAUCAACAGUUCAGCGUAGCCAUGCUCUAUUCACUACCAUAUGUUUUUGAACAUUUCGAAGUCAUAACACAUUCUUUCCAGAAUAGCUUAUCGAAUACCAACGAUACCUCAAAAAUACAGUCGUAUAAGUCCGUUAAAACACUAGUUGUCGAUGCAAAAUGUGAAACAAUGAAUGAAAGAUUAUUACUAAGGAAUAUUGUCAAUCUACAUCUAACACAUCGGUAUGUAUUUGUUGAUUGGAUACUCAAAAUUCGGCGAUUGACCCAAUUGACUUUCGGACAUCAAGUAAAUCUUUCUUAUGAGGACUUUCUUCUUAUACUGAAAAGCUGUCCUCACCUGAAGUCAUUGGUGACACCCUAUCAAGUAUUAUGUAGCAUAACAAACCGAUGGAAAGAUAAUCUCAUCUGUGAUAUACUAUCCCGUAAAAUUCGUUCGUUAAAACUGACUUCGUCUGAUUGUUUGACUGUGAAUCAUAAGAAUUAUAUCAAAGUUGAUGAGCUCUUGAACAUCAUUCGAGUUUUUAGUCGGCAUUGUGAACAUCUGAGUAUUGCAGUUUACUCCAGAAACAUUGUCGUGGGACUUAUUUUACGAUGUAUGAAUCAGCUUCGAAGUUUGAAAGUUUAUGUACAAGAACAUGGCCAUAAUAUGCAUAUUUCAAAACAAUGGUUAACAGAUCAGAAUUCAGAUUUUCACAACUUGGAUUACUGUCUUGUGUCCAAUGGACACGAAUACUCAUUUUGGUUUACUCGACGAUAUUUGUAA